AUGGAGGACGAGGCGAGCGGCACCAACGGCCGUCUGGCCGGCCUCCAGGAUGGAGAUGCUGACAUGCCCUCCAAGAGUGGUCUCACAUCCGCCGACAUGUCGCCCUCUUGCUCGGCAGCACGCUUCAAUGACCUCUUCGACACAUCGCGACUCAAAGCAUACUUUCGCUCGCUUCUGCCCAUUCUUCUCGACUCAGACCCCGACAUUAUAUCCGAUCUCUUGCUCGAUACACCAAACUGGAAGGAGCAGGCCUCCAUCUUCGCUUCCGACCCCAGCAUCAUCACCGCAUACCUCAACAAAAUCCGACGUCAGCAUGUCUCCUCUGAUGCGCCAGAGGAUCAACUCUUCGAUUACGAAAUGUCGACACAGGCUUCCUACUCUUCCCGUCACGUCUCCAGUAUCGCUCUCAUCAAGAGAGUCUCGGUGCUCGAUGCUACGGUGCCACUGCCACAUCAGCUACAUGUGCUCACACUUUUCGGUCCAGCCGCUGCUGCGGCUUCUUCGGAUCCCACUGCGAAGACCAGCGCCUCCGCCAACAACGGCAGCACCAACCUCGACGAUACAGACGGCACAUCAGCAGCAUCCUCAGUACGAGAAAGCCCCUACGAAGCCCUUCAUAGUGUCGUUCACAACGUCAUGUCACCUUGGUUCGACGCCUUCGUCGCUAGCAAAGCACCCAAGGACAAAGCUCUCGUCUCAGGCGCAAAGACAAAGGACAGCGACACCAAGAUGGGCAUCCCAAUGGCCAAGCGCAAAUUUGCCGAGCUCGAGCUGAGCCUCUUCCACUUGCAACAGAACGUCGAGAUCCCAGACAUCACUCUCACUAUUCAUCCGGUCGUUCGUGCUGCUGUCGACCGGUGUCACGCUGCCGGCACUCGUGUCAGUGUCGAAGCCGUCGAGCCCGCAUCGCUUCUGCAAGACUCUUCCUUCCUCAACAAGCUUCAGUCCGAUGUCAACUCCUGGGUCAAGGAGGUCCAGACUAUCACCAAACUCGACCGCAGCGUCGCAUCUGGCACCGCUUCCCAAGAGAUCAACUUCUGGCUCUCCAUGGAAAAGGCGCAAGAGUCGAUCGAACAACAGCUUCGCUCCGAUCCCAUCGUCCUCACCCUCGACAUUCUCAAGCACGCCAAACGUUUCCACGCUACCGUCUCCUUCCUCGCAGACACCGGUCUCAAGGACUGUGCCGAAAAGGUGCACAACUACAACCUCCUCAUGAAGGACUUCCCCAUCAACGAGCUUCUCUCUGCCACCGACCUCGACAAGUGCGCCGACGCCCUCAGUGCCAUCUUCAACCAUCUCAACAAGAAGCUACGUAUCAGCCCGUACCCCGUCAAGCGUGCCUUGCCACUCGUCGAGGCCAUCAGCAGAGAUCUCAACGACACACUGCUCAAAGUGCUGGCUUCGCAAAGAAUCAUGUGGCAGGAAUUUCCGCGCUUCUGGGAGACCGUUUCCGCUGCUGCCGAAGUCUUCCAGGUAUGGGACGAGCUGAUGAAGGACUUUGUCAACAUCGCUCGAGAAGUCACCCGCAAACGUUCCGAGAAAUUCUUGCCUAUCAAAAUCAACCCGGCCCAUGCAAAGCUUCGCGAGCGUCUCAACUACAUCGGUGCUUUCCGCAAGACGCACGAGCAGCUUCGAGCGAUGGUCAGUUCAGGCAAGGGACUCACUAUGCCCGGACAAGUCGGUGCUGGUGUCGCUGCCUCUGCCAACGAUCGACAGGUGGCUACGCAGAACUUGGCAGGUAUCGAGAUGAGCGAAGAGAUUCGUGCGGCAUACGACCAGGUCAAGGUGAUCGAUGUGCUCGACGUCUCGCAGCAAGGCACCGAGAUCUGGACGACCGCCGAAGGAGCAUAUAACGAGCGAGUGGCACGUGUCGAGAAUAGCCUCAUCGCACGCUUGCGUGACUUGCUCGGUCAGGCUAAAUCGGCGCGAGAGAUGCUUCGUGUCUUGUCGCAGUUCAACAGCCUCUUCGUCCGUCCUAAGGUGCGCGGCGCUGUGCAAGAAUACCAGCAGCAGCUCCUCAACAGCGUCAAGUCCGACAUCAAGGCGCUCCACGACAAGUUUAAGGCGCAGUACCGUCCCUCCGAGGCCAACCACAUGAGUCAACUUCGUGACGUUCCAGAGAUCGCAGGUGCCAUCAUCUGGGCUCGACAAAUCGAACGCCAGCUCAACGUCUACAUGAAGCGUGUCGAGGACGUUCUCGGCAAAGGUUGGGAGCUGUAUGCUGAAGGUCAGAAGCUGCAGAGCGAGAGUGAGACCUUCCGUCGCAAGCUUGACACAAGACCGCUCUUCGACAGCUGGCUUCACGACAUCAACCGAAGAGAUAUGAGCAUCUCCGGGCGUGUCUUUGAUGUCACCAAGAACCGCGCUGCCGGCAACGCUUUCCAGCUCAGUGUCAACUUUGACGGUCACACUAUCUCGCUCUUUAAAGAGGUCCGCAACCUUAUCUGGCUCAACUUCCAGAUCCCACACGCUAUCACCAACUUAGCGAAAGACGCGAAGAAGGUCUAUCCGCACGCCGUGUCGCUAAUGGAGACCGUCCGCACCUACAACCAGACUUGCAGCUUCGUGCGUGCCAACCCCGAGAUCACUUGCCUCAUUGCUCAAGUCUACACCGAUGCACACCAGCUCAUCUCGCAAGGCAUGACCUUGCGAUGGGAACACUUUGCCAACAUCUACGAAAGCGCCCGUGCUGCAACCUAUCUGCCAGGGUCGGGUGGACAAUCGGGCCGAGAGAAUCGCCAGGUAGCCUUUGUGCGUCAGUUCGCCAGCAUCGUCAGCCUCUUCCAGGACAAGACUGCUGAGCUGAUCGAGAUUCAGCGUGACAUGCACACGACCAUCGACGAGCUCGGCAAGUGUGCCUACAGCACCGAAGCUUUCGCUGAGCGACUGCAGAAGAUUCAGAACACCAUCGACAAGCUCAACCUCGAAGGCUAUCCAAACCUGGAGGAAUGGGUCGGCAACCUUGACCGUCUCAUCGAGGAUGUAUUGCUUCGUAGACUCAAGUCGGUCAGCAUGGCGUGGUGCAAGGCGUUCGUGCGUCAUGGCUUGAACCAGAGCGGCGGCUCGUCAGGCCGUGGCGACCGAGGCGCAAAGAGUUUGGCUGUCAAUGGUGCUGGUACUGCGAACGGCAGCGAUGCCAAUGCUGCAAACGAUCACAUCACGUUGCAGCCUAUCACGCUCGAGGUGCGCAUCCAGAACCAAGUCAUCUUCCUGGACCCUCCUCUCGAGCAUGCACGUGCUUCGUGGUUCCGACAGCUCCACGAGGUCUUGUCGGUGGUCUGCUGCCUUACAAGGAUUCAGAGCUCGCGCUACGAGAUUGGCCUGCAAAUGCGCGGCAAGCAACGUGUCACCGAGCAAGACUACACCUCGCUGCUCACUUGCUUCCAGGACGGCUCGCUCGAGCGGCCUUUUGUGUUGAUCGAGGCUAAGCUGGCUGAAGUCGGCAGCUACGUCGCCAAAUGGCUUCAGUUCCAGUCGUUGUGGGAUCUCGAGUCCGAGCAUGUCUUUGCCCGCCUCGGCGAUUCGUUGGCCAGCUGGCAACAGCUGCUUGCUGAGAUCCGCCGCACACGAGCCACCUUUGACAACUCGGACACACAGCGUUCCUUUGGCAUCUGUGUUAUCGACUACGACCAGGUGCAGAGCAAGGUCAAUGCCAAGUACGAUACCUGGCAACGCGACAUUCUCAAUCGCUACGGCACCAAGCUCAGCGCUGCAAUGCGAGAGGUGCAUGCCGCCGUCGCCAAAGCACGUGUCGAGCUUGAGCAGCACAGCAUCGAGGGCAGCUCGACUGCUCAGGCCGUCACCUUCAUCACCUUUGUGCAGGACCUAAAGCGCAAAACCAAAGUGUGGCAGCCUCAGAUUGAGCUCUUUGGCACAGGACAGAAGACGCUCGAGCGACAGCGCUACAUGUUCCCACAGGACUGGCUGUACGUUGAUCAGGUCGACGGCGAGUGGAGUGCUUUCCAAGAGAUCCUCAGCCGCAAGAAUGCAAGCAUCCAGGAACAGCUCGCUGGUCUGCAGAUGAAGAUUAUCGCCGAGGACAAGAUCGUCAGUGACAAGAUCUCGACCAUCAUCAGCGAGUGGGAGCAGCAGAAGCCAAUCCAGGGUACUCUCAAAGCAGGUGGUGCGAUGAACACCAUCAACGUUUUCGAGACACGUGUCACCAAGCUCGCCGAAGACCGCGCUUUGGUUGUUCGUGCCAAGGAGGCGCUCGACUUGGAGCACACGCAGGAUGACCGUCUCGAGCCUGUGUUCGAAGAGUUGCGCGAUCUCAAGACGGUCUGGACGGCUCUGUCGGGCACAUGGAGCCAGCUUGCAGAGAUCCGUGACACCAACUGGAGCAACGUCCAGCCUCGAAAGCUUCGACAGCAGCUCGAUGGCUUGCUGGCUCAAACGCGAGACAUGCCCAGUCGCAUGCGUCAGUAUGCCGCCUUCGAGUAUGUCCAGGAGCAUCUGCGUGCUCUGCUCAAAAGCAAUGCUGUCAUCUCUGACCUCAAGUCCGAGGCAAUGCGCGAACGUCACUGGCGCUCGCUCUUCAAGCAACUUAAGGUGCAGGAUCACUACUCGGCCAGCAGCAUGACUCUCGGCACUGUGUGGGAUCUUGACCUCAAGAGGCACGAUGCCAUCAUCAAGGCCGUCGUCGCUCAAGCGCAGGGAGAGUUGGCGCUCGAAGAGUACCUCAAGCAGGUGCGAGAGGCUUGGACCAACUACACGCUCGACCUCGUCAACUACCAGAACAAAUGCCGACUCAUUCGUGGCUGGGACAACCUCUUUCAGCUCGCUGGCGACAACCUCAACGCACUACGAGCCAUGUCGAUGAGUCCACACUACAAGGUCUUUGAGGAAGAGGCUUCGCUUUGGGAGGACAGGCUGUCGAAGAUCUCCGUGCUCUUCGACACAUGGAUCGACGUUCAGCGUCAGUGGGUCUACUUGGAAGGCAUCUUCAGCGGUAGUGCUGAGAUCCGACACAUCUUGCCCGUCGAAAGCUCGCGCUUCCAAAACAUCAACACCGAGUUCCUCACGGUGAUGAAGAAGGUCUACAAAUCGCCCUUUGUGCUCGACGUACUCAACAUCCCUGGGGUCCAGAAGAGUCUCGAACGUCUCGCCGACUUGCUCAGCAAGAUCCAGAAGGCGCUUGGAGAGUACCUCGAGCGAGAACGUGCCAACUUCCCUCGCUUCUACUUUGUGGGUGACGAAGAUCUGCUCGAGAUCAUCGGUAACUCGAAGGAUACAGCGCGCAUUCUUAAGCAUCUCAAGAAGAUGUUUGCUGGUAUUGCGACGGUCGAGCUCGAUGAGGGUGCGGGUAUGCUGACGGCCAUGGUCAGUCGUGAGGGCGAGUCGGUGCCUUUCCGCACUCCCAUUGCGCUCAAGGACUACCCCAAGAUCAACGACUGGCUUGCCAAGGUGGAGAGCGAGAUGCGCGUCUCUCUUGCUGAACUUCUGUCUGAAGCUGCGGCUCAGCUGGAGUCGUUCUACACGAGUUCCGAGUCGCUCACCUUGGAUAGCUUUCUUGCGUGGAUUGCCAAGUAUCCGGCUCAGCUUGUGGUGCUGGCUGUACAGGCAAGAUGGACAGCCAUGGUGGAUGAAGCCUUCGAGAAUGGCACCGCUGGCCUACAGCAUCCUCUCGACGUCGUGUUGCGCGGUCUCGACUUGCUCGCCGACACGGUCUUGACCGAUGUGGAAGCAUUGCAACGACGCAAGUGCGAGCAUCUCAUCACUGAGCUUGUCCAUCAGAGAGAUGUCAUCCGUCUUCUCAUGUCGCAGCGUGUCGAAAACGCUCGUGACUUCAACUGGCUCUCGCAGAUGCGCUUCUACCUCAACCGUUCAAUCGAGAAGCCACUCGACCGUCUCACGGUUCAGAUGGCCAACGCCACCUUUCCUUACGGCUACGAGUACCUCGGUGUGCCUGAUCGCCUUGUUCAGACGCCAUUGACCGAUCGUUGCUACCUCACACUGACGCAGGCGCUCAACUACAAGCUCGGUGGUGCCCCCUUCGGUCCCGCUGGUACCGGUAAGACCGAAUCCGUCAAAGCGCUCGGUGUUCAGCUCGGCAUGUUCGUCAUUGUCUUCUGUUGUGACGAGACAUUCGACUUCCAAGCCAUGGGUCGUAUCUUUGUCGGUCUCUGCCGUGUCGGAGCUUGGGGCUGUUUCGAUGAGUUCAAUCGACUCGAGGAGCGAAUUCUGUCAGCGGUCUCGCAGCAGAUUCAGAGCAUUCAGCAAGGAUUGGCUGACUCGGCCAGCAAUGCCAGUGCCAUCGCCAACGGCACUCCGAAUGCGAACGCAAGCAACGAGAUCGAGCUUCUCGGCAAACGUGUCCCGCUCAACGACCGUGUCGGUAUCUUUAUCACCACCAACCCUACCUAUGCUGGUCGAUCGAACUUGCCGGAUAAUUUGAAGAAGUUGUUCCGUAACAUGGCUAUGACGCAUCCCGACCGCGAACUUAUUGCGCAGGUCAUGCUCUUCUCGCAAGGUUUCCGUCGAGCUGAAACACUAGCGUCGAAGAUCGUGCCCUUCUUCAACCUUUGUCUGGAGCAGUUGAGUCCUCAGCCGCAUUACGACUUUGGUCUGCGUGCGCUCAAGGCGGUGCUUGUCAGUGCUGGUCAGCUUAAGCGCGAACACAUGCUCAAUGGUGGUGAUUCCAACGCUGAAAUGGAGGUCUCAAUCGAUGUUUCGGAGCAAGAGAUCCUCAUUCAGAGUGUCUCGGAGACGAUCGUGCCGAAGCUCAUCGCCGAGGAUGUACCGUUGCUCAAGAGUCUCUUGAGCGACGUCUUCCCCGGUGUAGAGUACAAGCCUGUCAAUCUGGACGUGCUGCGUGGUCACAUUGCUGCCGUUUGCGCCGAGCGUCACCUGGUGGAAGGCGGUUUGUGGACGGAGAAGGUAUUGCAGCUCUACCAGAUUCAGAAGAUCUCGCACGGUCUCAUGCUCGUCGGACCUUCAGGUACGGGUAAGACGCAGGCUUGGCAGGUGCUGCUUGCUGCGCUCGAGAGGCUAGAAGGACAAGAAGGCGUCUCAUACGUCAUCGACCCUAAAGCGGUCUCGAAAGAGAGUCUCUACGGAACCCUCGACCCCACGACACGAGAGUGGAACGAUGGUCUAUUCACCCAAGUCCUGCGCAAAAUCAUCGACAAUGUUCGUGGCGAAAGCAGCAAGCGACACUGGAUCGUAUUCGAUGGCGAUGUCGAUCCUGAAUGGGUAGAGAAUCUCAACUCGGUGCUGGACGAUAAUAAGCUGUUGACGCUGCCCAACGGUGAACGUCUCAACUUGCCACCCAACGUGCGGAUUAUGUUCGAGGUCGAGUCGUUGAGGUAUGCGACGUUGGCUACUGUUUCCCGUUGUGGUAUGAUUUGGUUCAGUGACGAUAUUGUUCGUCCAUCGAUGCUGUACUCGAGGUACUUGACGGGGUUGAGGUCGACGCCGAUCGAGUUGGAUGAUGAUGAACUGGCGAGCGCUGUUGCAAGUCGACGUGCUGCUGCUGCGGCGGCUAAUGGAGCGGCACAAUCGAGCGAGGUUAGCCCUGAUCUGCUGGUGCAGAGAGCUGUUGCUGAUGCACUGGCACCGUUCUUCGAGGAUGAUGGGCUGGUCAAUGGUGCACUCGACUUUGCACGCAAUCUGUUCCACAUCAUGGACUUCACCGAAGCUCGUGCACUCUCGACUCUCUUCUCGCUCAUCAACAAGACCAUCCGCAAUAUUCUGGACUACAACGCCCAGCAUCCCGACUUCCCCCUCAAUCCCGAUCAGAUCGAAGCCUACGCUACUCGUCGACUCCUCAUCGCCAUCGUCUGGGCUUUCACGGGAGAUGCCAAACUCGACGUCCGUUCCGAGAUGGGCGAAUAUCUUCGCUCGCACACCGGUGUCGAUCUUCCACCUCUGGGCCCCGGGUCUUCUCUCAUCGACUACGAUGUUACCUUCGCAGGUCAAACCGUCGAAUGGACCUCCUGGCUAUCCAAAGUGCCCACCAUCGAAAUCGACACCUCUGCCGUCUCCUCCGCCGACGUCGUUGUUCCGACCAUUGACACGGUCCGUCAUGAAGACGUUCUCUACUCUUGGUUGUCCGAACAUAAACCACUCAUGCUCUGUGGUCCCCCCGGUUCCGGCAAAACCAUGACACUGUUCUCCGCACUACGCAAGUUACCGGAUAUGGAAGUGGUCGGACUCAACUUUUCCUCGGCCACCACGCCCGAAUUGAUCCUGAAAACCUUCGAACAGUACUGCGAGUAUCGUAAGACUCCCAACGGUAUCGUUCUUUCUCCUACCCAGAUUGGGAGAUGGUUGGUGCUGUUUUGCGACGAAAUCAACUUGCCGGCUACUGACAAGUAUGGGACGCAACGAGUCAUCUCCUUCUUGCGACAGUUGGUAGAGGGGGGUGGAUUUUGGAGGAUCAGUGAUAAAGCUUGGGUCAAGUUGGAAAGGAUUCAGUUUGUUGGUGCUUGUAAUCCUCCCACUGACCCUGGAAGAGUUCCGUUGAGUCAUAGGUUCUUGCGUCAUGCACCGCUGAUUAUGGUGGAUUAUCCAGGAGAGAUUUCGCUCAAUCAGAUCUAUGGAACUUUCAAUCGCGCUCUACUCAAAGUUACACCGAAUCUCCGAGGGUAUGCGGAACCACUCACAGCGGCUAUGGUCGAUUUUUACCUUGCCUCCCAGCGAAGGUUCACACCCGAUAUUCAAGCGCAUUACAUUUACUCUCCUCGAGAACUGACGCGAUGGAUGCGCGGAAUCUACGAAGCUAUCAAACCUCUCGAAUCUCUCAGCGUGGAGGGAUUGGUUAGGGUAUGGGCUCACGAAGGAUUACGGCUGUUCCAAGACCGAUUAGUGGGGAGGGAAGAAAAAGUUUGGACGGAUGAACAGAUCGAUUCUGUUGCCUCGGUACGUUUUCCCACCAUCGAUAUCUCAACGGCGUUGGCUAGACCGAUAUUGUUUAGUAAUUGGUUGAGUAAAGAGUAUAAAAGUGUGGAUAGGGAGAGUGUUAGGGAGUAUGCGAAAGCUAGGUUGAAGGGGUAUUCGGAUGAAGAAUUGGAUGCAUCUUUGGUUUUGCAUGAUUCGGUAUUGGAUUUGGCGCUGAGUUGUGAUAGGGUUUUGAGACAACCUGCUGGACAUUUGUUGUUGAUUGGGGCGAGUGGAUCGGGGAGAACGACUGUUACUAGGUUUUGCGCUUGGUUAAGAGGGUUGUCGCUCUUCUCCAUCUCGACGUCGAAUAAGUAUACGGAGGAACAUUUUGAUGACGAUCUCAGAGCCUUACUAAGGCGGGUGGGUUGUAAGGGCGAGAAAGUUUGCUGGACUAUUGAUGAAAGUCAAAUGUCUAACGCUGCUCGGUUGGAGAAGUUGAAUACACUGUUGGCUAAUGCAGAGGUAGCAGGUCUGUUCGAAGGUGACGAACAUUCUUCUCUGAUCAGCUCACUAAAGGAAGCAAGUCAAAGAGAAGGUCUCAUGCUAGAUGCGGAGGAGGAGUUAUUCAGUUUCUUCAGAUCAGAGAUCACGAAAAACUUGCACGUAACACUGACCAUGAACCCGCCGGAGGGAGGUACGGGCGGAAAAGCUGCUGCCAGUCCAGCACUGUUCAACAGAACGAGCAUUAUGUUCUGUUGGUAA